AUUGGCCACAAAUUAUUUGAUUAGCCUCCGUCUCAAGUUCCUAACCCCUACGCAACUACCACAGACUGCCAUCCAGCAUCAGCCGUUCGUCCUCUUAGGUACUCGAAGUACAGGCGGGAUCAGUCCGCUCGCCCUCUUCGUCAGUAGGUCACGCAAUCACGGCUCACGCCGGUCGCUGGUCGGCCGUCGGCGGGCGACGCCUCUAUUUGCUAGCCGCUAGGUCUCUGCUCGACUGAGCCUUGUUGUUCUGUUCUUCGCCUCUUCAGAUUUGAGAUCCGUCUCUGCUUUUAACCUUUUGUGGACGUACGAUUCUGCCCAGCUCCUUCGGCCCUUUCUGCCCUUCUCACCUUUUGGGACUGUGCAAAACCUGAGGGAGAGAAAGAAUGUGAAUGAAAGUCCACAAGGUGACGGUUGCAGGAAAAAGAAUUACAGCCUCAUGGAACCUAAAUCCACAACACUUGCAGCUCCCCUGAACCCGGUGACUCCUAAUUGCGCGGUGAAUCCGACGGCGAAGAAGAACCGGGACUUCCUCAUCCACCUCGAGGCCUACCUAUCGAAGCGAGACGGCGUCGACAAGCUGCUAAAAAUCUCUCGCUAUGCCACCAAGAUCAUCCUCGCUUCAUCCCUCCUCCCUCCCGGUGCUCCCCUCACCCACCGCCUCAAGUCCUUCGAAUCCAGCGUUGGCAUCAGCCGGAAAGCUUUCCGUCUCGGGAAAUUCGUGCAAGACGUCAACUCCCUUCGUGCCUCCCCCGACCAUAUCCUCCUCUCCCUUCUCGCCUAUGGGGGGGAGGGGUUAUACUACUUCGUCGAACAGUUUGUUUGGCUGGGAAAAUCUGGGCUGAUCGACAAGAAACAUCUGAAUCGAUUGCAGAAAAUUAGUGCCUGGUGUGAGCUUGUAGGCUACAUCGGCAGUGUGAGCUUGAAGGCGAUGGAGCUACAGAGGAUUGCCGAGGACGAGGCGUGUUUGGUUUCUAGCAUUGAGAUUGCGGUGGUUGGGGGUAUUGCAUGUGUAGAGGAAGGGGUGAGACUUAGGAAGUUGAGAGAGAAGAAGAUGAUGAAGAGGCUGUCCAUUUUGCAAGAUUUUGCUGAUGCUUUAAUGGCUUUAGCCGAUAUUAGAGAUGGCAAUGGAUUGUUUUCUGGGCAACUGAUACUCUCCUCUGCUGGGCUUCUUUCAGCUCUCAUUAGCACUCACAAGAAUUGGGUUUCCUGCUGAUUGUACUAUUCAAUUCUCAGGUAUGAGGUUUGUAGUCUUCCUGAAUCAUCCUUGUAGACAUUAGGGAAGAAUUGUAGAAUUUAUAUGGUAGCAAGUUUGAGAGUUCUGUGCGGACUAUCACAUUGUAACUUGCAAUACUUUAUGGUACUGAUUUUGGAUGAUCAAUAAUACUCUAUUUGCAAUAUUAUAAAUUUAUUAUCCC